AUGGCAAAGAGUAAAGACGUUUAUGUAGUUGGUGAAGGCGACGAACCGAAGAAAGCACCAUUGGUAUGUUCAGUACGUCUUCUUCUCGCUUGUUUGGCAUUUCUCGGCUUUUUCAUUUGUUAUGCUCAACGAAACGGACUUGCAGUUGGCAUCGUUUGUAUGGUUAAUCCCGAUGCCGAUAACGUAACUUUAGCACAAAGCAGUGAAAUCUCCACUAAUCAUCGAAAUAUUCCAGCGGCAUGUCAUCAGCACACAGUACAGAAAACUCGAUCGACAAGUCAAGUACUUUUAUGGCCAAAACAAACACGUGGUGUUAUCCUCGGUUCGUUUUAUUGGGGCUAUGCAUUGACACAAGUGGCAUCAUCAGUGGCUGUGAACAUAUUUGGACCAAAGCGUUUUCUUGCAUUACUCAUCUUUUUUUCGUCAAUGGCUACAAUGCUUUUGCCAAUUUUCUCAAAAUUUCAUCCAUCGAUUGUCAUCUUAUUACGUGUUGUUGCUGGUGCAGCACAGGGUGGUCUGUGGCCAACAAUAUUCCGCUUCUGGGUAUCAUGGGCCCCCGCUUCCGAACGAACAACUCUCUUGUCAUUUGCAUCUUCAGGACCAGCAAUGGGUACUAUCGUUUCAUUGGUAAUUGGUGGUCUUUUUUGCACGUUUUCACUCAAUGAUGCAAUACCAUUUAUAUUCCGAUAUGGUUGGUCAUUUUUCUUUUAUAUUCUUGGUGGCCUAGGUAUUAUCUGGUCUGUCAUAUGGCUUAUUUUUGCUAGUGAUACACCUUCGAAUAAUCAGCACAUAUCUGACAACGAAAAAGAAUAUAUUCGAGCUUGUAAAGCUGCCGAAAAAAUCCAAGACUCACGAACAAAAACUCCAUGGGGACCCAUGCUCAAGUCCCAAGGCUUUUGGUGUAUAUUAAUAGCAAUGAUUUCUUGUGACUUUGGUCUUUACGCUAUUUGGGCAGUUGUGCCAGAAUAUAUGAACGAAGUUUUACUAUUUAGCAUAGAAGAAAAUGGCUUUCUAUCCGCAUUACCACAUGUGGCUAGUUUUAUUGUUGUACUAUUAACAGGUGGUCUAGCUGACUUUAUCAUACAGAGAAAGUUUCUAUCACGUGUUAAUACACGAAAAUUAUGCCAUGGCAUUGGAACUCUCUCACCAGCUAUAUGCCUUCUGUUAAUCUCAUUCCUUGAUUGUGAAAGACGAUAUUUAGCAGUUUUCUUAUUAGUUAUAGGCGUCGCUUUGAAUGGUUUUAUGAUGUCAGGAGGAUAUGUUGUUAAUGUCAGUGAUUUCAGUGGUGUUCACUCAGGUGUUGUCUUUGGUAUUUGCAAUACAGUCUCGAGUAUCAGCGGCUUCUGCGGCCCUUAUAUAACCAGUAUUAUUACAAAACAUAAAACAGCAGCUGAAUGGAAAUUUGCAUUUAUGCUCUAUGCGGCCUCGUUUCUUAUUUCUGCCAUCGCAUUUUCCAUCUUAGCGCGUGGUGAAACGGAAGCAUGGGCGCGUGAUGAUGCCCAUGAUGAAAAGAUUAAUUAUGAUGUUGACGCCAACAAAGAGUUGAUGGAAAUGGACUCGGCUACGGUUCCGACACAGAAUCCAGUCGUCUAA